AUGGCUAAACUUGCUGCGGCCCGCUAUGGCAAAGACAACAUCCGCCUGUACAAGGUGGAGAGGGACGAAGCCACCAAGACGCACACCGUUUACGAGAUGACUGUCUGCGUCUUGCUCGAAGGAGAGAUCGACGUAUCAUACACCAAAGCCGACAACAGUGUUGUCGUCGCAACCGACUCAAUGAAGAACACUACAUACAUCAUGGCAAAGCAGAAUCCAGUACAUCCUCCUGAACAGUUCGCAUCCAUUCUGGGCACUCACUUCGUCAACACCUACAAGCACAUCCACGCCGCUCACAUUACCAUCGUCCAGCACAGGUGGACCCGGAUGACCAUUGAUGGAAAGCCCCAUCCUCACUCCUUCUUUCGUGACGGAAAUGAGAAGAGACUGGUACAAGCGGACAUCAUUGAAGGCAAAGGCAUUGAAAUCAAAUCGGGCAUCUCCGACCUCCUGGUGCUCAAGAGCACUGGCUCCGAGUUCCAUCACUUUGUCCGCGACGAAUUCACCACCCUUCCUGAGGUCUGGGAUCGUAUUCUCAGCACAUCGGUCGACGCCAACUGGAAAUGGUCAACCUUUGCUGGCCUUGACGUAGUCAAGAAGCACGUCGCUAAGUUUGACGAGACAUGGGCAAAGGCCCGAGAGAUCACUUUCCGCCUCUUCGCCCUCGAGGAGAGCCCGAGUGUGCAAAACACCAUGUACAAGAUGUGCGAGGAGAUCCUGGCCGCCCAGCCAUUGGUUCAAGCUGUCGACUAUUCGCUUCCAAACAAACACUAUUUUGAGAUCGAUCUGAGCUGGCAUCAUGGCUUGAAGAAUACCGGAAAGGAUGCCGAAGUCUACGCGCCUCAAUCAGAUCCAAACGGCCUCAUCAAAUGCACUGUGACCCGGGACGACACUGCGUUGUCUCCCAAGCUGUAG